AUGUCUCCUUCCGCGAUCGUACCGCAAUCUGACCAGACAGCGCCUGCCAGCGGGCACGCCAACAACGGUCAAGUUGAGCAGACUGUCGAGAAUCCUGUCUAUCUUACUACAGAGCCAAAAGAAGAUUUUGACUGGAAAAUUACUCUGAAGGGCAAGGUAGUCGCUAUUACCGGGGCAAACAGAGGUAUUGGACUCGGCCUCGCUACAGUAUGCCUCGCCAACGAUGCUGCUGAAGUCUACUCCCUGGACCUCUUCGAGCCCGGUGAGGAGUUCCAGGCGCUGCAGAAGGCAAAUCUCAAGCGCGUACACUACCUGCACUGCGAUGUCACAUCUGAAGAAAGCGUCACGAAGGCCAUCGACCAGAUUGUUGCCCAGUCGGGCCGUAUCGACGGCAUGAUCGCCAACGCAGGAAUGACCAAACAUCAGCCCGCACUCAACUUCGAUCGCCCACAGCUCGAACAGCUUUUCAACCUAAACGUUUUUGGCGCGUACUUUUGCGCAACGGCAGCCGCGAAGAAAUUCAUCGAGCUUGGUAUCAAGGGUUCGAUCGUCUUCACAGCGUCCAUGACAUCGUACCGGCCAAACAGGGCAGCACCGUCAGCACCAUAUGGAGGGACAAAGGGCGCUGUCCGCAACAUGGCACAUACUCUCGCAAUGGAGUGGGCAAAGCACGGCAUUCGUGUGAAUUCGAUAUCGCCGGGUUUCGUACGCACACAGAUGACAUACUAUGUCGAGAGGGCGCCCGACUGGAACUUGAAGAUGCAGUACUAUGGCGGUAUGCCUAGAUUGGCCGAUCCUCGUGAACUUGGCGGUGCGUAUGUGUACCUCCUCUCAGACGGUGCCAGCUACACUACGGGUAUCGACAUCCCAGUUGCGGGCAUUGUCGGCGCCUGGUAGAAGUGUUCUGUUGUUGCUUCUUCGCGUUAUACUGCAUUGGGUGGAGUCUGUAACUGCCGGCUGGC